UAUGUGAUCAAAAAAUUUGUUGUUUACUUAUAAUAAUAACCAUUAUAUCCAUUGACUACAGUAUAUAAUGAUGCAAAUGAUUGUUUGUUUUGUUGUGUCCAUCAUAUCCUUCUCCUCCUCUGCGGUAAUAACUAGUGAUAAUUGUAAUAAUAAUGUCUUUAAUGUCGUCAACAACAACAACAUCAUCUGAAGACAACAAUAGCCGACGAUUUAUUAAUAAUCCAAAUCCUCAAAACAGAUCCCAAAAACGUGUAACCAUUAGUGAGCCGUUAAACAAGUGGUCGACGACUAGGAGGACGACGACGACAACGACGAAGAGGACUACUGCUAGUGAUAACAAUACUACUACAAGAACUGCUGUAUUGAUUGCCGUCGACGACGACGAGGACGUCAACGACGAGGAAGACAUCGACAACCAUAACGAAGAUAAUACUUCUACUACUAAACGCCGUUUGAAGUUAAUCGCCGACCAAUCGGACGACGACGACGAAGAGUCAGCCAUUGAGUCUACAGAAUCGGAUUCGCUUCUCAAGACAGGCAACAGUUUAGCCAUCAAGAGUAAGAGGAGGAGCCGCCGAAAGCAAUCGGUUUACUGUUGUUUGUGUCAAUCGGUUAGCAUUUGUAUGUCAGCAAUGGUUCGCUUAUUAUUUGGUAAAAAACAACUAAAACCGCGAACAGUUUAUGUCCGCGGAUCCGAUAUGUUCAACGAUCGGACAAAACAGACAUCGUUUCCGGCAAAUAUCAUCCGAAACCAGAAAUACAAUAUAUUGACAUUUCUGCCAAUCGUUUUGUUCAAUCAGUUCAAGUUUUUCCUAAAUCUAUACUUUCUGUUGAUGGCCUGUUCUCAGUUUAUACCCUCACUGAAAGUCGGCUAUAUCUAUACCUAUUGGGCACCCCUGGGGUUUGUCCUCGGAGUGACACUCAUACGCGAAGCUGUCGAUGAUAUAUUGCGGUUCAAACGCGACAAAGCUGUCAACUGUCAGUUGUAUCAGAAGCUGACCCGCGACGGACCCCUAGCCAUACAUAGUUCACGUAUUAAAGUCGGCGAUCUGAUAGUGGUCUCAAAGGAUCAGAGGGUGCCGGCAGAUAUGGUUUUCUUGAGGACCAGCGAGAAAAAUGGGGCCUGUUUUGUACGAACUGACCAAUUGGAUGGUGAAACCGAUUGGAAACUUAGACUCGCCGUAUCGGCCACUCAGACACUUGAUUGCGAUGACAAUCUAUUUAGUUUAGACGCCUAUAUUGAUGCCGAAGAGCCCCGCCGUGACAUUCAUAGCUUUACCGGAAAAUUUACUGUAGAUUCGGGGAAUAAAGAGAUUUCGUUGAACAUUGAAAACACAUUGUGGGCCAACACAGUGAUAGCGUCUGGUACUGCAAUUGGUAUUGUGAUAUAUACGGGACCCGAGACCCGGUCAAUGAUGAACAACAAUGAGCCCCGAAGUAAAGUCGGUUUACUCGACUACGAGGUCAACUCAAUCACAAAAGUGUUGUUUGCAGCGGUUGUCUUAUUGGCGUUAGCUAUGAUAUGCCUUAAAGGGUUUAACGGUCCCUGGUAUAGAUACUGGUUCCGAUUUGUCCUAUUAUUUUCCUAUAUUAUACCAAUUAGUUUGCGUGUUAAUCUGGAAAUGGGACGAGUAGUCUACUCAUAUAUGAUCCAACGAGAUAUGGAUAUACCGGGAACAUUGGUCCGGACCACAACCAUACCCGAAGAUUUGGGACGUAUUUCCUAUUUGUUAACCGAUAAGACGGGAACACUGACCCGUAACGAAAUGGUAUUCAAGAAAAUACAUUUGGGAAAGAUAUCCUACGGACCCGAAUAUUUCGAUGAAUUAGCCGCACUAUUGCGCUUAUCAUAUGCACCGCAAACGGCUGCCAACUAUCAGACCCACAAACGUGACAGUUCGACGACCAGUACUAUUAGUUUCGAUCCCAGACAACGCCAAUUUCAUCAGCGACACGCCCGUAUUGAUUCGUACGAAGUUGAUCGGGACAGUGUUAUACGUGUCCAGCAAACCGUACUGGCCAUUGCCCUGUGUCACAAUGUCACCCCUUCCUAUGAUAAUGGAUCCAAUCCUUUUUUUGACAGCAAUGAUGUAUCGAAACCACCGAUUGAUUCAGCAGAUACUGUAUCGAUACCAAUGUUACAGAGAGGUAUCACCUAUCAGGCCUCCAGUCCCGAUGAGGUAGCACUGGUACAGUGGACCGAAAAGAUGGGUUUGGCACUGGUCUACCGUGACCUGACUACUAUGAAAUUACGUAAUCCUGUCGGCACUAUAAUCGGUUUCGAUAUUCUUCAGAUAUUUCCGUUCAGUUCGGAAACCAAACGAAUGGGAAUCAUUGUCAGAGACCACAAAUCAAACGAAAUAAUGUUUCUAUUGAAAGGCGCCGAUACUGUUAUGUCGACGAUUAUUGUCUAUAGCGAUUGGCUUCAGGAACAGUGCGAUACUAUGGCACGCAAUGGUCUCCGGACUCUUGUAGUGGCAAAGAAGACCUUGAGUGAGGAACAGUACGCCGAGUUUGAGGUUCGCUAUAGUCAAGCGAAAUGUUCAAUGAGUGACAGAAAUGCUAAGAUAAGCGCCGUAUUGGCUAAUCUUGAAAAAGAUUUGGAACUCCUUGGACUAACCGGAGUUGAAGAUCGACUACAGGAAGGUGUGGCCACAACAUUGAAAGGACUACAAGACGCUGGUAUUAAGCUCUGGAUGUUGACCGGCGAUAAACUGGAAACAGCUAUCAGUAUAGCCAAGUCGUCACAGUUGGUCAAAAAGAUGCAAGAAUUCUAUGUAUUUCGACCGGUCAAAAGCCGAACAGAAGCACAUCUCGAACUAAACAAUUUUCACCGAAAAUCCGACUGUCCGUUGAUUAUUCGGGGCGAAGAUCUCGAACUAUGUAUGAAAUUCUAUUCGACAGAGUUUAUGGAACUGGCCUGUCAGUGCCCGGCAGUGGUUUGUUGCCGAUGUUCGCCAACACAGAAAGCCGAAGUAGUCAAACUGAUCCAAAAUCGUACCGGUAAACGUACACUUGCGGUCGGCGAUGGCGGCAAUGAUGUAUCAAUGAUACAGACGGCCGAUGUUGGUGUGGGUAUUGUCGGCAAAGAAGGACAACAGGCAUCACUUGCGGCCGAUUUUUCAAUACUUCAAUUUAGUCAUAUCUAUCGCUUGAUACUAUUGCACGGCCGUUACAGUUAUAAACGAUCGGCUACUUUAAGUCAGUUUAUUAUACACCGGGGACUCAUAAUCAGUACACUUCAGGCCAUCUUUUCGUCAGUCUUUUACUUUGCAUCCGUUGCCUUAUACCAGGGUUUCUUAAUGAUCGGUUACGCCACAAUCUACACAAUGUUUCCCGUAUUCAGUAUCGUAUUAGACAAGGAUGUAUCGCCCCGACUAGUCAUGCGUUAUCCGGAACUCUACAAACUAAUGAAAGGCCGUUCCCUCAGCUACAAGACAUUCUUCAUUUGGGUACUCAUCAGUAUAUAUCAGGGCGGUGUCAUUAUGUACGGUGCAAUGCUACUGUUCAACGACGAAUUCAUCCAUGUAGUGGCCAUUACGUUCACGGCUGUCAUACUAACCGAACUACUGAUGCUGGCCCUAACCGUACGCACCUGGCAUUGGAUGAUGAUUGUGGCCGAACUGAUCUCCCUAUCCACCUAUCUAUUGACACUGAUAGUCGCACCGCAAUAUUUCGAUGAAAAAUUUAUCCAAACGCGUGCCUUCCUAUGGAAAGUGACACUAUUGACGGUAGUGUCGUGUCUACCACUCUAUAUCCUGAAGUUUGUUCACCGAAAGAUUGCACCGCCCAGUCAUUCAAAGCUUACCUAA